GAGCGCCUAAACCACGUGACCGUGCCUUACGUACGGCAAGGUGGCUGCGCCCAUGGGAGCGAAGCUUCAUGGCUGUGCGGUUUUCCGUCGUGGGUCUCCCCCGUGGCGCUGGCGUUGUAGCCGUGGCAUUGGGUUGGGUUGCUGGGUUGCUCUGAUGACCUGUCUGACUUUAAUGCGCUCGUUUCCGGGAGUAAACUCUGUCGAGCUCAAUGCGAUUUGGCUUCCUAGUAAACGUAUUUGUAGGUUUCCUGCACGAGCCCCCACGGCACAGAUCUCUCUUCAGCCACGAACUCGCUAGGCAGUCUCGAAAUGGUGACAGUAACGCUGUUCUACCCUAUGGUAGGGAUUAGAAUAAGAUAAUGUAUAUUAGCCUCUCUAAAAUCAGCCCUCGAAAGUGCUUUACGAGUGAAAUUGCCACAUACAUCUUCCCUUCUGUCCUUCAGUAUAGCAAGCAGUUUUAUUUAUCCUGCCUUUUGCUGUUAGUGAUUUGGGUUUGCCUUGCCCAAUAGUCUCCCCUCUAGGUGUUUUGAUUACGAUCUCAUUGGAAGUUUUACUGUUGCCUGUGCUACAGAUGACUGCAGUUAACUAGAAUACCUUAAAAUGUCUUGUGUGCAGACAUUCUUGUAAGUGCUAAUGAUAACUUUGCUUAAGGGUGUUGGGGCAGUCUGAAUGACUUGUUUUGGACAACUUCCAGGAGGGAAUACUUUUGCAGGAAAAAGAGCAAGGAGUUUUUUGGUAUCUGGAAAGGCCCGCAAAAACUUAAGUUUAAAUUUCAUGUACAUUUCCAGCUAUUCUAAAAUAGGUGUCAGAGUUUGUAACAUGAUGUGCUGCUCUCAGACUAGAUUUGCACAUUGUUGCUGCCAUAAUAGUGCAUAACAUGUUGCAUAAAAAGCUUGGAACAUUUUUUCUACAAAUACAAAGUUGACUUUUAAGUACGAUUUGCUAAAAUGGUUAAAAACUUGAAAUUUACUUAAAGCAAUAAAGCUGGAUAAAUGAGGUACAUUCUCCCUUGGUUUUUAAACAUAAUUGGCAUCCAAGUGAUAAACAAUUUAUUUCUGUUAAUUUCAAUUAUAGUUGCUUUUAAGUAGGUGCAAUUAUGAUAAACUAGUGAUGUAAACAAAUGCAUUACAUGGGUUGAGAACAUGAUUUAGUCUCAUUAUUACAUUCUCUCUCUCUUGCAUAUUCAAGAGAUACUGAUUUAUUUAUUUAUGUUGAAUCCACUUGGAAGAACAGUACACUGAAAAACAGGAAUAGCAGGGAAUGUCUGUUGUUUGUCAUCUAUCAGCCGGGUGGCUACUGGACCACCUCUCCUUCAUAAACAAAGCUAACUACCAGCUAUGCCAUUCCCAUGAUCAUUCUGGCUUGGCCUUUGUUGAUGAUCCUGCUACUGCUGCUUCCUCAGAUGGGGCUCUCAUUGAGGCUGCUAGAAGCCUAGAUGCUAAAAAUUCUUGCAGAAAAGAUUCUGUUGAUGAGAUCAAGGCCCCAGAAGAAAAAGCAAGUCUAAUGGUAAAGAAUACAUAUGUUUUUCGGGAAGAAUUUUUUAAUGUACUGAAGCCACAUGGAGUUGCAAACAAUCAAAUGGAACUCCAGCAAAAGGGAUCUGAGGCUGGUCUAGGAAAUGGUGGAUCAGAACAGCAAGAAAGAGUCAGGACGAAUGGCUCUUACUAUACUGCUAAAGCCAAAAAGAAACGAAAAAGAAGCAGUGAACUUAACCAUGGUGAACGUGAUGCUUUAGAAUACCAUUUAAAGAUCAGAGGCUUGAUUUUGGAUGGUACCAGGAGUUUAGUCCAGGAGGGGCUUAGAAGUGGUUUCCUCCAGCCUAGCUCUUCAAAACAAAUUUGUGCCAAGACUCCUGUUAUAGAACACAGUAGUUUAUCUGAAUUAUGUGAGAUGGCAAAGCAGUUUCCUUCAGUGAAUGAAACAGAACAAAGAGCUGUAUGCAUGAUAAGUGAGGACUCCUGUGUUCCAGAGCAAGUUCAGGUUUCCUGUGUUACAGAAAACACCACAAACUAUGCAAAGAUAAUAACAUUAAUGGGACAGAAGUACCUAUUUCCUCCCAAAAGUGCUUUCCUUUUAUCUGAUAUUUCUGUUAUGCAGCCACUCCUGGACUAUAAAAAAAAGUUUGGCAUAAUUAUAAUAGAUCCACCAUGGGAGAACAAGUCUGUUAAAAGAAGUAACAGGUACAAUUACUUGUCCCAUUGGCAAAUCAAGCAAAUUCCUGUGCCAGCGCUGGCGGCCCCAGGUUGUCUUGUGGUCACUUGGGUGACUAACCGACAGAAGCAUUUAUGUUUUGUGAAGAAUGAACUCUAUCCCCAUUGGUCUGUGCGUGGAGUGGUGGAGUGGUUCUGGGUGAAAAUUACAAAGUCUGGAGAGUUUGUAUUUCCAUUAGACUCUUUUCACAAGAAGCCUUAUGAAGUUCUUGUAUUGGGAAGAGUCCAGCAAAAUACAGAUGUGCCAUUAAGUAGGAUUUCAGAGGAUGACAUGCCUCAAAUUCCUGAUCAGAAAUUAAUUGUGAGUGUACCUUGCAACCUUCACUCACACAAACCACCUCUGACAGAGAUUCUAAAAGGAUAUACCAAGCCGGAUGUGGAAUGUCUGGAGCUGUUUGCUCGGAAUUUGCAGCCUGGGUGGACCAGUUGGGGCAAUGAAGUUCUCAAAUUCCAGCACAUAGAUUACUUCACUGCAUUCCAGAACAAAAGUGACAAGUAUCUGUAGGCUGGGGUUCUUGCGAGCGCUCUAGAUUUUGUCCUUGACAUCGAUGCUGCACUUGGGAAGCAGUAUGAAUUAACUGUAAGUCUGCAUGGUGUUUUUGAAAUCUGUGUGAUGAGCAUAACAGUGAUGCCUUCAGGUAUAUAAUUUGCUCCUGGGUUCAUCAUAUAUGUCCUCUGCUGUGGUAGGGUGACUUUUGCAAUCAUCUUCUGGAGUUUUUGUUGUUUGAGCCACCAUAUAAACAGCAGCCUUCAAAAAUUAGCCAUGCCCUUUGCAGUUGGGCUCCAAGGUGUGUCUGUACAUUGAAUCAUAUCUCAUGGAGAUGAUGGUAAUGAUGAUUCCUAUACCUAAGUUGACCCCUAAGGCAACUUAAAUUCGUACACAAAUACAGGAUGCAAUUUAUAAAAAAAGUUAAGACAACAAAAUCUCCACGUAUUACCAAAAGUCUAAAAGCCAAAUGCAUCCGUAUUCCAGCCAAAAGGAUAAAGGUCAGCCACCCACAAAAUGUCACAGGGCAGGGCAGGUGGAAAUGUUAUCCCUUCCUAGUCCAGUAGAGUCUGUCCUGAGAGAGAGACACAGAGAGUGUGAGAGAAUGUAAAGAGCCCAAAGUCAACAGUGUUCUUGUCACAACAAAAGCAAUAAUCAUGGCUUAUUUGGUUUCUGUGGGUUUUCAUCAUGAUUAACUUCAGCUUGAUUUAGGUCUCUGUCUGUAUUCUAAUGAUUCCUCUUUCUCAAAUAUAAAGGACCAGAAUUUCCCUGAAUAUGUAUUCUGACAUUAGCUCUUAAAAAGAUGUUUUAAAAUGGUUACUGCAAUAAUUUAAUAAUUUUUUUUGAAUGAUAAACUGCUUUUGUUCCUUUUUCUCCCCCUUAGGGUUUACUUUGGGGGGGGAAUGCUCUAAUAAAAAUUACCAUAUGUUUGUAUGCAAGACUGUAAGAAAAGGAGUAUAUCUUAAGAAGGGGUAACCAUUAUUUAAAAGAGAGCGGAAUAAAUUUGACUCUGCUACAAAUUAAAUAAACUUCGGAUUGUUCAGUGUGCUGUUAAAUUUUUAAAUAAGCUCAGGAUGUUCACAAGUUGACUGGAUUUUUUGUACUUUAAUAAUAAAAAAUCAAUUUCAGAGA